AUGCCGUCAAUGCUCCCGCGCCUCUUCUCUCCGAGCCGCACGCUGGGUGGGCGAGUCGCUGCGACACGGUCCGGCCGCCGAUCCUUUCGUCUGGCUCCCGCGGCAUGGAGCCCCAAGGAGCGCAAGGCGGACAACUCGAUCCCCUUUGUCUGGGGCGUCGAGGGCAUUCCCGGCCGCCAAGGCAUUGAGCCCGGCACCCAGUCCACCAUAACCCCGUCCGAGGCCUCCAUUUUCAGGGGCAUAUUCGACGAGAUCGCACAGGGCCGCAAGCCCGCGCCCAAGAAAUGGGCCUCGCGCACCCGGGCUUCCCCUGCCAGAGCCCCCGACGCCCUGUCCAGUCCCGACAACGGCGCAACCGGCAUGGCCCAGUCCAUCGUCGAGCAGGCCCGAAUGCCCGAGCUUCGCGAAAAGUUUCUGCUUCGCUACCCGCCCUCUCUGCGCGAGGCUGCCGUCGUUGCCCUGGGCCUGUAUGAGCUGGAGCCGGGGCCUGUCGCGGGGGACAGCGAGGCGCGCGAGCUGGACGACAAGGAGGCGGAGAAGAGAAAGGAGCGCGCUAGGUAUGACGGGGCGAGGAAAGAGGAGCGCAGCAGAAUCAUCACCCUCAUCAAGGCCUGCGAAACCGACGUCGCGCUGUGGCACCUCAUGGAGGCCGAGAUAUUUUCCCUGCCCAAGGAACUCGGAAUCUUGCGGAGCAGCAAAGCAAAGUCACCGGCGAAGCGCGGCGGGAAAAGGUCGGCCAAGGACAGGAUAUUGGAAUCGACGGAGCCCCUUGGCGAGGAUGUCCCUGCAGACGACAAGACGCGAAGCAUGGACAUCCACGGCCCCCUCUACCCCUACUUCCUCAACCUGGCGCUGACGUACUUCGACCGCUCCUUUACUCGCUCCUCGCCCUUUGCCUACCAGAUCCUCCCCCGCAUCAAGGAGCUCGGCCUCCUCUCCUACGUGCUGGGGGUCUCGACGCCCUUUUACGCACGCCUCGCCCGUAUGUACUGGUACCGCUUCGGCGACGCCCACGGUGCGCUCGGUGUGCUGCGCGAGAUGAACGCCGCCGGACUACAGCCUGACGAUAGCGUCAGUGACUUGCUGACCCAGAUUCGCCUCGACCUGCACGCAUGCGCCGGUGGCGACCAGGGGCCCUUUGUCUCGGCCAUCGUCAAGUCUCCUCCGUACGACGGGACCUUGACGCAGAAGCUGAUGCUGGUGGAGAGCGAGGUUAGACAAUCGUUCGAGGAGCGUGCGAUAGAGCGACUCGUGUAG